CAAUGUGAAAGUGCGCUGGCGGUUGCGGCAGGAGUUGAGGGAUCCACCCAAAGAUCUGGGAUUGCAAAGGCUGAUAGCGCCUCGCCCUCGUAACCGAAAACUAAUCUCUACUUGGCAGCUUCUGAUGAGAAUGGAGGAGGCCAGCGAUGAGCCUAGCAGAGAGUAGGGGCUGGGUGGAUGAAGGAAAGGGGGCUGCAUCGCCCUUUCUCUUGCCCAGCUGCACAGCCAGAGUCUGCCCCCUCCAGCCUCAUCUGCUCAGGGGUGCAUUUUACGCCUGGCUGAGUUCGUCAGAUCGUCCUUUGCCUUCUCCCGUAGCGGUGCCUGAUGCCAGGGAACAACAUUUGCCAGGAAUAGCAGGCCCACCUAGAGGCCAUUUCAGCACACAGGACAGAGGGGUGGGAGCUUCCUUUCGCCCGGGCUCUUGUGUGAACAGCAGACAGCACAAGCCGUGCUAAUAGCAUCCCCCUUGCAGCAGCUCUCAUCUGUUUCCAAAGCAGAUGUGCUGGGGGGCCCUUCCUGAGAGCCUUUGCCUUCCUUUCUCAAAAUUGCAGCUGGCUCGUAUCCAGACUGACAGCGUGGUGGAGAUGCUGCAGGGGCACCACCCCCAUCUCCGCUUUGAGAUCGUUGCCAUGUCAACCACUGGAGACCGGAUCCUGGACACAGCUUUAUCCAAGAUUGGAGAGAAAAGCCUUUUUACCAAGGAGCUGGAAAAUGCGCUGGAAAGGAACGAGGUGGACUUGGUGGUUCACUCCCUAAAAGACCUGCCCACCUCCCUGCCACCAGGCUUCACAAUUGGUGCCAUCUGCAAGAGAGAAAACCCACACGACGCUGUUGUCUUCCAUCCCAAGCACGCUGGCAAAACGCUCAGCAGCCUCCCUGAGAAGAGCGUAAUUGGGACCAGCUCGCUUCGCCGAGCAGCUCAGCUGAAAAGAAAAUUCCCUCGGCUGCAAUUCAAGGAUAUUAGGGGCAACCUGAACACCCGCCUGAAGAAGCUGGACGAGAAGGAGGAUUUCAGUGCCCUGGUUCUGGCUGCGGCUGGCCUGAGACGCAUGGGCUGGGGGAGCCGCAUUGGCCAGAUUCUGAGCCCCGUGGACUGCUUGUAUGCUGUCGGGCAGGGUGCCCUGGCUGUUGAGGUGCGGGCCAGAGACCAGGCGAUCCUAGAGAUGGUGUCAGUCUUGCAUGACCGGGAGACGGUGCUGCGUUGCAUCGCAGAGCGGGCCUUCAUGAAGCGCUUGGAAGGAGGCUGCAGCGUGCCAGUGGCCGUGAGCACUCUGCUGAAGGACGCCCAGCUGUAUUUGACCGGGGCAGUCUACAGCCUUGAUGGUUCUGAGAGCUUGCAAGAGACCAUGCAAAGAAAUGUGAAUUUUUCCCUGGAGAGUGAAGAUGGCCCUGACGACAACCUCCAACACGUUGGCAUCACAGCAAGGAACGUCCCCCGUCUGGCUCAAGAGGCAGCAGAGAGGCUGGGGCAGGAGCUGGCCGAUUUGCUCCUGAGCCAAGGGGCCAAGCACAUCCUCAGCGUGGCAAGGCAGCUCAGUAGUGCUUGACGGGCACCACCUCCUCUGAGAGCCACGAUGCUGGCCAGCCUACCUCUCACUUACCCCUCCAGGAAGAGAGGGAAGCGAAGGCUGGUCUGUGGCUGCACCCAGUGGAGCAACCGAAGCUCCAGUUUGGUUGAAGAUGUGAGUGGGUUCGGAGCUAGAAUUUCCAAAAGCCCAAAUGUGCACACCUGCUGGACUUCCACCCAGAAUCGCUUGUUGGCCCAGGGCAGAGGUGUAAAGUUGCACUCUUCUGGGUGCUCUUGGGUACAAUUAUUGCUACAGAACUAUGGCUUAAACUGAUUAAAGAGCGAGAGCAGGCUGCACCA